GGACCAACAACCCCGAAAGGAAAACCGGAAGUGAGUCUGGUUCGACAAGCAACCCCCGUGGCCAUACGAAAACGUGCGGGAGGAGGUGAGAUUUUCGAAGGUAGUGGAGCAACGAAGAAACGCAGGCGCUGAUGCGAUCAAUAAACGGUCCUCCUACAGUCGAGGGCAAGAAAUCAGUAGCGUACGAGUACGCGAUCGGCGAGGGUGGGUGCGCGCAUUUGUUGUUGGACGAGAGACGUACGAAAACAACGGGCCACCACCUUCCGGUGCGUGCGGACGGCGUGGAAAACGAGCUGCCAGGUAGCGAGGGUUGCAGACUAGGCGGCUCGUUCAGCAGCAUGCAACCACCACCUAGAAAAGGAAAUUAUGCAAAAUUUCUUAAGAAUGUACACACAGAACAAGCUGCAAAGUUGCAAGCAAAAAAUCAACAUGAGUGCGAUUUGCUGGAAGAUAUUCGUAAUUUUACAAUUAAAAAAUCCGCGAUCGAAAAGUCAUAUUCCGAGGCAUUACUCAAGAUCUCUUCCGCAUAUUUGAAUAAAAAGAUACCAAACAUUCCGGAUCUUAAGGUCGAAGGGGGAGAUGAAAAAUGGAAUAUGUGGAAUGUAUGGAGAACGGUGCUCGAGGAGAACGAAAAACUCGCGAGAGCUCGUUUAGCGGCCGUUGAAGUUUUUCAACAACAAAUUGCCGACGACGCAAAAAGUUUAAAAAUGCACAAAAUUCAAAUUUCAAAAAAGGCAAUCGACCAAUUAUUGAUAGUACAAAAAGAGUUACAAGCCUGUGUACAGGAUGUCGAUAAAACGAAAAAAUUGUACUUCGACGAGGAACACAGUGCUCACGAUGUUCGAGAUAAAGCGAAAGAUAUAGAAGAAAAAUUAAAGAAAAAGAAGGGUUCCUUCUUCCAGUCAAUAACGUCGCUGCAAAAAAAUAGUGCUAAGGUAAGCUCAAAACGCGAUGCUUUGGAAGAAAAAUCUACGGGAGCUCGUAAUGAUUAUCUACUUAGUCUUGCUGCUGCCAAUGCUCAUCAGAAUAGAUAUUUUGUAGUUGAUUUACAAUCUACUAUGCAAUAUUUGGAACAAGGCGUUUACGAUAAAGUAGCUGAAUAUUUAACUCUUAUGGGUCGUACAGAACUUCUUACAUGCUUGGCAACGCAAAAUAGUUUUGGCAAAAUUCGCGAUCAAGCUCAACAGCUCACUAGGGAAUAUAAUAUACAAUGCUGCUGCCUAUAUUAUCCUGUCUUAAAGCAGCACAUACAAUAUGAAUUUGAACCAUGCGAUAGUGAUCCGGUAGAUAGGAUAACUGCUGAUCAUGCUGCUGCUACUACUUUGGGUAAAGAAGCACGUCGCUGGUCGACGAGAAUCGCUCGUGAAGUGGGUAGUAUACGAGAAAAUAAUCGAAAAUUACAAGUACUUCAGCAGUUGAAGGAAUCUGGACAGAAGACUGAUCCUAGCGAUCCGAAUGGGCCUGAUGUAGACACAAAAAUGGAUGAAUUAAAACAUAGUAUUCGCCGGGCAGAGACGGCGAAAUUAAAAGCAGAGGCAAGAAUAGAAUGUCUUCGACAUGGAGGAGUGAACGUCGACGAAUGGCUUCAAGAAGCUGAAACGUUGAGUGUCCAAGACAUGCCAAGAUCGGCCAGUUCUUUGUCAGUUAGAACCGACGCAUCUGGCGCAGGGCAGGAGCAUCCUUCCUCGGAAUCGUUCUACGACAGUGAUGGCGAUGGUGGUAGCGAUUUAACGACAGUAGAAAGACCUGGUACUCGCAAUGCAGCGCAACAAGAGGAAGAGGUUCAAGAAGAAAGACAAAGGCACGACAGCGAAGAGGUCGAUGCUUUACUCGAGCAAGAGCAACAACGGAUAGAACAGUUAACUGCUGGUUGGGACGACCCAACAUCUGUUGAUUGGUCGAACGAAGAGAAAGAUGAACAAGUAGAAACGCAAGAACCUGCUCCUGUUCAACAAAUAUACAAAUGCACGGCACUAUAUUCGUAUACGGCACAAAACCCGGACGAGUUGUCGAUCGUCGAAAGCGAACAACUCGACGUUGUUGGCGAAGGCGACGGAGAUGGUUGGUUGAGGGCACGAAAUUAUCGCGGAGAAGAAGGUUACGUACCACAGAAUUAUUUGGACGUUGAAAGAGAGCCGGAUACGACGUCUGGCCUUUCUUCUCAAGGACCUGGCCUCGUCCAACAAAUAUCCUUCUCUUCUGUGGAUUACACUGUAGACGAUCACGAUGCCGUUGAUCCUGAUGCUAAUUUACAACCUGCUAUACAACAGGAACAACAGGAGGCCAUAAUGCAAAAUCAUAUAAGUGAUAUCGAUCAGUAUUGCAUCGCUCUUUACGAUUACGAUGCUACGUGCGAAGAAGAACUUAGUUUCCUCGAAGGUGAUAUCGUCAAAGUACUUAGAAAAGAACCGCAUGAUGUUGACGAUGGCUGGUGGGAAGGAGAAUUACGAGGAUGCCAAGGAUUAUUCCCGUCUCUUGUUGUCGAACCGUGUGCUCCUGAUGGUUCACCUUUGACUCCUCAGGAGGAUAUGACACCACCGAGUUCUGCUCCACCUGUCUUUACACCGCCCGAAGUACCGGAAUUCUUGCUGGAACAGGAAGCCGCACAAUUUAUUUCAAAUGAAAUUUCCGAUGGAAAAACUGAAGAAGAACAAAGUGGUUUUGUAAUAAACUUAACAAGAGGUCAAAAGGAACAUUACGGCUCGCAAUUUGAAGAGGAGAAAUCCGAGCCUCCUGGAAUAGUCGUUGUGGAAGCAUCCGAAGAUGUGGAAGAUAAGACUACUGCUGGCGAGAAGGAGGAACAAUUGUCAGAAAAUGUAACGGACGAUACUGCAGAAAAUGCGAAAGAAGACUUUGGAUUGGGUGUCGCACAAAUUGUUAUUACAGCAGCAACUCCAAUGGAAGAAGUUGAACAUCCAUUUCCAGGAGUAAAUGAAAGUACGGAUGAUACGGUGAAAUCAACGGAAAGUUCUGAAGGAGAUUUACCGUCAAGCGUUACCGCGGAUAUGAAUGAAAGCGACUGCAAGGAAACUACUGUCAUUAUGAACGAACACGAUGAACAAGAAGUUACAGAAGUUGCAGAGGAUAUCGAAGAGAAAUCAACGGUGGAUGACUUGCCAACGGAUUCGGCGCCAUUUCCAUUAAGUAGUAGCUCCGGUAGCGAAGCAGACUCAACGUCCGGCCCGAGUACAGCAGAUAACUCUCAGUCAAUUCCGUCACGAGGCACGGUUAUAGAUGCACAAGAAGCAGAAGAGAUUGCGAUUAUACUUGAAAAGGUAGUUUGUGGUGGGAGGGCAAGUAUUCCUGACGAAUUACAACCUGACCAAUUAGAAAAGCUUCAAAAUUUAAAAGAAUCGAAUGCCUAGGAAUGACUAUACCUCGGAGAUACCGAUUAUCCUGCCUUAACGAAUAAAUGGGCUCUUCCAAAAAAUCAUCAGAACAAGUUCCAGCAUUUGUUGGAGUUUUGGAAAUCUCCCGAGGUUAUUGGGAAAAAAGACUAAUGAAUUAACCAAACAACCAAAGAUUUUUAUGUUAAUACAACGUACACAACUCUUUUGCUAGGCAACACUCUAGUAACAUAUAUAAACCAAGAAGUUGCGACUUUUGCAAUUUGCGAGGCAUCUAUGUACAGUUGUAAGGUAACAAAAAGAAUUGUCGAUACCUGUAAUAGAAAAUCUUUUGGUGGUUCAUGUACAUUUUAAGAGAAUACAAUGGUGUUGCAUGUAUAAGAGACAA